AUGCACCCUCUCCUGCUCUGUGUUGCCCCAUCCAAGACGCUGCGCGACCCGCAGCGGCGCGCGCGCUACGACCGCAUCCUCACCCAGCGGGAGCUGCGAUCAGUGGUCACGCUGCAAGACGAGAUCGAUUUGGACGAGAUGCAUGCGGAAGAGGAGCCUCAGGGCGGCGGCAAGGUGUACACCUAUGUGUGCCGCUGCGGCGACGUGUACGCCCUCAAUCCUGAUGACGACGAGCUGUGUGAAUUGGAGGCGGUGGUGGUGCCCUGCAGCAGCUGCUCCAACCACAUCUUGGUCAGGCUGCACAGACAACCGCCAGGCGUGGACUAG